AUGGCAGAAGCGACACAGACCCCAGAAGGCCAGACCCGGCUUAUUCGGCAUUUCGACGUGCAGGAUAUCAAAGACUACACAGAUGGAUGGUCCCAGCUCUGGGACUCGGAUGACAGCGAUUUGUGGGAUCGAUCGAAGCCCUCGCCGGCAUUGAUCGAUCUUGUCGAGGAGCGGCGAGACCUGUUCCACCCCGUUACGGGGGACGGGCGGAGAAAGAGGGCUUUAGUUCCAGGAUGUGGCAAAGGCUAUGACGUUGUGAUGCUAGCGCUGCACGGCUUCGACGUAUAUGGGCUCGACGUCUCCGCGACGGGUGUUUCCACUGCCCAGGAUUAUGCCAGGGGAGAGCUGGCGAAUCCACAGAGCUACAACUUUGGGUCUGAGUCUUCUGCGACGGAGGCCAAGACCAAGAAAGGCGAGGUAACCAUUCUCCAAGGGGACUUUUUCAAGUCCGACUGGGACCGCGGGAUGAGGUUUGAUCUUAUAUAUGACUAUACUUUUCUAUGCGCCCUCCACCCGACCAUGCGCCUUGCAUGGGCAUCUCGAAUGGCCGAUCUGCUAGCCCCAACGGGCCAACUUGUUUGCCUGGAAUUUCCGCUCUGGAAGGACCCAAAGCUUCCUGGUCCGCCGUGGGGGUUGAAGGGUGUGCACUGGAACCUUCUGGCGCAGGGUGGCGAUGGAGUGGUUGAUGGUGAGGAGGUGGAGCAGAGUAAUGAGGGAGGAAAGUUCACGAGGACGCUGUAUGUGAAGCCUGGGCGGUCAUAUGAGCAGUCAAGGGGAACGGAUAUGUUGAGUGUCUAUGUUAAGAAAUGA